AUGGGAUGGACUUCAUGGUUUUGGGCUUCACCAGAAUCAUCAACCAACAAUAUAAGUUGCCCUGUACCACAUCAAGGAUCCUCGUGUCCAGUAGAUCAUAAUAGCAUACCAAAGAAGAUACCCGAUCAAGAACAACCUGUAUGCCCAGUUGAUCAUGAAACUCGUGAAAAUUGGGUUAAGAAUAUUAAAGUAACAGCCACCGUUCCUGAAGCUAUAGAAGUUGAUAAAUUAGAAUCAUGUACUUCAGAUAAAGAAACAUCAAUUGCUGGUUCAACCACUAAUUUACCAUCAGAUAGAGAAAUCAGUAGUAUACCUCGUACAUCAACUGAGUCUAAUUGGAUAUAUCCUUCAGAAAAACAGUUCUUCGAAGCUAUGAAACGUAAGAAUUGGUCUCCAGAAGCCAGUGAUAUGAAAACUGUUGUUCCGAUCCAUAAUAAUGUAAAUGAACGUACUUGGGCCCAUAUUCUUAAUUGGGAGAGGUCAUUUGAUACAUCUUCCUGUGGUGGAUUAAAAUUAACGAGUUUCAAAGGUAAUCCCAAGAAACUAACUCCAAGAGCAUGGGUCAAAAGUGUAAUAGGGGCUGAAAAACCUUUUGAUAGACAUGAUUGGUUAGUAGAUAGAUGUGGUACUGAAAUAGAAUAUGUGAUCGAUUAUUAUGCCAUCGAAAAUGGGGUAUUUAUUGAUGCUAGACCAAAAUUGAACUCAUGGGAAGGUGUUAAAUUAAGAUUAGGUAGAGGUUUAGGAUUCUAUUAA